AUCGAGCCGUUCACAUUGUUGGGUGUUUGUGCAGGUUUAAUUCCAUAUCCUCAUCAUAAUCAGAGCCCUCGAAAUACAUACCAAUGUGCUAUGGGUAAGCAAGCGAUGGGUACGAUUGGUUACAAUCAGCAGAAACGGAUUGACUCUUUGAUGUAUCUUCUCGUCUACCCGCAACGACCACUCGUUAAAUCGAAGACAAUUGAAUUCUGCAACUUCGAAAAGUUACCAGCCGGACAGAAUGCCAUCAUAGCGGUGAUGUCGUAUAGCGGGUAUGAUAUCGAGGACGCAUUGGUGUUGAAUAAAGCAUCUCUUGAUCGAGGUUCGUUGAUUCGCUUCAUUUCAUUACUCGGAACAGCCAAGAAGUAUCCGAAUCAGACGUUCGACCGUUUAAUGGGUCCAACCAUCGAGUCAACAACUCGUAAACCAAUCUAUAAACAUCAAGUGCUUGAUCAAGAGGGAAUUGUUUUUGCUGGAGCUCGCAUUCGUUCGAAACAGGUGAUGAUCAACAAACACAUGCCUAUCGUAAGCUUAGAAGCAUCUGCCGUAGCGCAGUCUUCCGGCGUCGUGCAAGCGGGUAAUCGUAACGUUGAAUAUAAAGACGUUUCGGUCGCGUAUCGAAAUCCAAUACCAUCUUAUGCUGAACGCGUUCUGCUGACCUACAAUGAGGACGAUGCACAUCUCAUCAAAGUACUGCUCAGACAGACGAGGUUGAUUCUUUAUUAUUCAUUCAUAUUUCGUGUGCUAUGUUCUUUUUUUGGUUUUGAUGAACAGUUGCGGGUGCGCAAAAACGUUUGA